GAAAUAUGGCUGAACAAGAAGCAGCAGCAAAAUCAGGAUGCUUCUCUCGCUUCUUUCGCCUCCUUCUCUGUGCUCACUCCACCAAUGCUCCUCCUAUCCACCCCUCCGAUCACCUCCCUCCUCCCCAAACACUGCCUUCCCUCCCAGACAAGUCUAGUCCCGUUCCUCCUACCCCUGGUCUAGUCGCCAGGCUCAUGGGCUUAGACUCGCUCCCAAACAACCCCCGGGUCUCCAUCCGGGUCGCGCCCGACUCGGUUCCCCGAAGCAAGUCCGUUAACUUCAUCGAUUACUUGCUCCGGUUUGAUCCCGCCCACCAAGAGCAAGAAGGCAGCCAUCGUCGCGUCAGAACGUCGUCGUUUCGUGAGGUUCCUGUGUUGUCGUCGUCUCCCGCGACGUCGCUGUCGUUGCAGCCGGAGAAGGACGACGACGUUGUCGUUUUCUUGUGGGACGAUGUUGACAUGGCUGCUCGCGAAUCGAGGCCCGGUGAAGUUGUUCGGCACAGGUCGAAGAAACAGGAGGUGGGUUUGCAAGAAUCGAAGAAACAGAGGAAGGAGAAGAAUAAUGGG